GCGGCGGCCGGAGCGAUGCCGGCGGGGGGCCUGUUGCCGCUCUUCGGCAGCCCGGCGGGCGGCGGCCUGGGCGGGGGGCUCGGCGGCGGCGGCGGCGCCGGCGUGGGCAGGAAGGGCUCGGGCCCCGCCGCCUUCCGCCUGACGGAGAAGUUCGUCCUGCUGCUGGUCUUCAGCGCCUUCAUCACGCUUUGCUUCGGGGCGAUUUUCUUCCUGCCCGACUCGUCCAAGCUGCUCAGCGGGGUCCUGUUCCACUCCAGCCCGGCCCUGCAGCCGGCCCCCGGCCACCGAGCCGGGGAGCCGGCCGGCGCCCUGGAGGACAACUUGGCCCGGAUCCGCGAGAACCAUGAGCGGGCUCUCCGGGAAGCCAAGGAGACCCUGCAGAAGCUGCCCGAGGAGAUCCAGAGGGACAUCCUGCUGGAGAAGGAGAAGGUGGUCCACGACCAGCAGCGCCAGGAGGAGGCGUUCCAGGGGCUCCCCGCGGUGGACUUCGUACCCCCCAUCGGGGCGGUGGGCCGGCCGCCCUCCGACUCUGACAUCUCGGACAAGAGGGCAAAGAUCAAAGAGAUGAUGAAGCAUGCUUGGUAUAACUAUAAACAUUAUGCCUGGGGAUUAAAUGAACUGAAGCCUUUAUCCAAAGGAGGCCAUUCAAGCAGUUUGUUUGGUAAUAUCAAAGGAGCAACAAUAGUUGAUGCCCUGGAUACACUUUUUAUCAUGGAAAUGAAAGAUGAAUUUGAAGAAGCAAAAUCAUGGAUUGAAGCAAAUCUCAGUUUUAAUGUGAAUGCUGAAAUUUCUGUUUUUGAAGUAAACAUACGCUUUGUUGGUGGACUUCUCUCAGCUUACUAUUUGUCUGGACAAGAGAUAUUUCGAAAGAAAGCAGUGGAACUUGGAGUAAAACUGCUACCUGCAUUUCAAACUCCCUCUGGAAUCCCCUGGGCAUUGCUGAACUUAAAAAGUGGUAUUGGAAGGAACUGGCCCUGGGCCUCAGGUGGCAGCAGUAUUUUGGCAGAAUUUGGAACUCUGCAUCUGGAGUUUAUGCACUUGAGUUAUUUAUCAGGAAACCCUGUCUUUGCUGAAAAGGUAAUGAAUAUUCGAAAAGUACUGAACAGUCUGGAAAAACCAGAAGGCCUUUAUCCUAACUAUCUGAACCCCAGUAGUGGACAGUGGGGUCAAUAUCAUGUUUCAGUUGGAGGACUUGGUGACAGCUUUUAUGAAUAUUUGCUUAAGGCAUGGUUAAUGUCUGGCAAAACAGAUCUAGAAGCUAAGAAGAUGUAUUUUGAUGCUGUUAAGGCAAUUGAGACUCACUUGAUCCGCAAGUCUAGCACAGGACUGACUUAUAUUGCAGAGUGGAAAGGAGGCCUCUUGGAACAUAAGAUGGGCCAUUUAACCUGCUUUGCAGGAGGCAUGUUUGCCCUUGGAGCAGAUGAAGCUCCUGAAGACCUUACUCAACAUUACCUUCAACUUGGGGCUGAAAUCGCCCGGACCUGUCAUGAGUCUUAUAAUCGCACAGUUAUGAAACUAGGACCAGAAGCUUUCAGAUUUGAUGGUGGUGUUGAAGCCAUUGCCACAAGACAAAAUGAAAAAUACUACAUCCUACGGCCAGAAGUGAUUGAGACUUACAUGUACAUGUGGCGACUGACUCAUGAUCCAAAGUACAGAAAAUGGGCAUGGGAAGCUGUAGAGGCCCUGGAAAGUCACUGCAAAGUUAGUGGAGGUUAUUCAGGCCUAAGGGAUGUUUACCUCAAACAUGAGACUUAUGAUGAUGUGCAGCAGAGUUUCUUCCUGGCAGAAACACUGAAAUAUUUGUACUUAAUAUUCUCAGAUGAUGAUCUUCUUCCACUGGAACAUUGGAUCUUCAAUACGGAGGCACAUCUUCUCCCUAUACUCUCUGCAAAUAAAAAAGAAGUUGAAGUUAAUAAAAAAUAAAGUCAUUUCCUAUAUUGCUCCAUUUCCUUCACUACAUACCUUAAUGAUUCUUUUUCUGGUAUUCAGGCAUCUGAUGAAUUUUUAUUGAUACAUAUGUGGUGAUUCUUAGUUCAAAAUUGUUUUGCAGUCUUUUAUGUUUAUUAUCAUAGGCCUGGCCUAGAUGAGUCUAUAUUCCUUAUUGUAGCAUUUAUUAUUCAGUCAAGGGAGCAUAGGUUUUGCAUUCUUUCUCUAAACUAUUAUCUUUAAAGUUUAUGAAGGUAUAGUAUCAUUUUUAUUAAACUCAAUAGAAUGAUAUAACAGUAACCUCUUAAUUACACAUUUGAUUUGACUGCAAAACUUUUUUCUCCUCUAUGAGGAGAUGAUGUCUGCUUUAAGCUGUAAUGUUUU